AUGAGGUCACCCUAUUUCCCAGCGAGGUCGGUGCUUUUUCAUAAGGAGCCAAACGGAGUGACGUACAGAGUCCCAGCACUGCUCUACUUGUCACACUCCAGGUCCUUUCUGGCCUUUUGUGAGGAGAGACUCAGCCCAUCUGACUCUCAGGCUCACCUGCUGGUCAUGAGGAAAGGCACUUUCUACAGAAACUAUGUAGAGUGGGAGGACAUGCGUGUCCUGGGCACUGCUUUCCUGACAGGCCACCGGUCCAUGAACCCGUGCCCGGUGUAUGACGAGUUCACAGGCACCCUCUUCUUGUUCUUCAUCGCUGUUCUGGGCCACACCUCGGAGUCCUAUCAGCUGGUGACCGGCAAGAACGUGACCCGACUCUGCUACAUCUGCAGCACAGACGACGGAGACACCUGGACUGCUGUCACCGAUCUUACUAAGAGAGUCAUAGGAGACACUAUUAAAGAAUGGGCCACCUUCGCUCUCGGUCCGGGGCAUGGUAUCCAGCUGAAGUCAGGUCGCCUGCUCAUUCCCGCCUACGCUUACCACAUCGAGUGCAAAGAGUGCUUCGGACACCUCUGCCAGACCAUUCCCCAUGCCUUCUGCUUUCACAGUGACACCCAUGGGAGAACUUGGCGAUUCGGGGAGGCGGUGCCGGGCCCAGAGAGCGUGGAGUGUCAGAUGGUGUCUGUGGAUGAAGAGGAUGGGACUAAUGUGUUGUACUGUAAUGCCCGCAGCCCUCUCGGCUACAGGGUGCAGGCCCUCAGUCUGGAUGAUGGAGCUGUGUUUCAGGAGGGGCAGCUGGUGCAGCGGCUGGUGGAGCCUCGAAAUGGUUGUCAUGGUAGCAUUGUUGGAUUUCCUGCCCCAUUACAUCUAUGCCAAAGUCGUAACCAUCACUUACACCAACCUAUACACCGCUCCAGACACAGGACGUCCUGCAUGACUCACUCUAAUCACACCACCUCUCCCUCUCCAAACAUCACUUCUGCUUCCACCAGCCCUUUGUCACCCAAUCACAGUGCACCUCCAGAUUUCCUCACCCCCACCUGGGUAGUGUACUCCCACCCAACAUGGACAACUGCACGCAGGGAUCUGGGCGUAUUCCUCAGCUUAUUUCCCCGUGACCCAGACAGCUGGCGCGGCCCCUGGGUGAUCUACGAGGGCCCCAGCGCCUACUCUGACCUGGCCUAUCUGGAGCUGCCUCCCUCGCCUGGGGCACCACCCGCCGUGGCCUUCGCCUGCCUGUUCGAGUGUGGUACUAAAACAGCCUACGAUGAAAUCUGCUUCAGCAUCUUUACCCUGUACGAACUCAUUGAUAAUCUGCCUCGAGAUGUGCAGCUGGGAAAUGACGGCGACGAGUGUGAAAGACAGCAGAGACAGGAAUCUGACGCAGGUCGGUGUAGUGGACAUGAUGCUCAAAGAACACCAAUUCUCCAACAGGUGCCUCACGUGAAGAAGAGGAGAAAGAAGAGCAAGUUGACUGAGAUGUGCUCUGUGUCUUAA